AAUUCAGUAUUGAGAUGAAAUCUACUAAUGGCAAAAAAAAUAUUAAUAUAAACCAGAGAUGUUGCAAAAUUUGUGGUUUGAUUGGUUAUAAUGCACCAACAUGUAAAGAUCUUGAAGAAUCUUAUGUCUUUAGAAUAGAAGAGACUAAUUACACAGAAGAUAUUAGUCUAAAUAG